AAUGACUUCCAAGUCCGAAGCCUUCGAUGUCAGCGUGACCGUCCCUUGCAACUCUCCGGCACCCCCCUCAUACGAUGCAAUUUCUACGUCAACGGUAUUGGCAGAUUCCAUCUGGUCCAAAAUAUGUCGCUGGGUAUAUCCCCGAGCCUCUUUACAAUCCAAGCAAAAAUGCCUAUCAUGCAUCCGUGCAACUGUCUCCUCUCCCGAUUACAAUCCUUCCUUUGUCGCUCAAACUGUCAGCGCCUGUGUUGCCACUCUCCCAGCAGCAGAGUUCUCCAAACUCCUGCAACAACCCAAUAUCGAGGAUCACACGGCGCCGUAUCGGGCGAUCGUGAACAACCGCCGAGAAGCCCUGUGGGCGUUUAUGCACUUCAUUCCCGAUCCAUCGCCUGCUUGCUAUUCUGAUUUGCGUCUUGCGUGCAUGAUGGUUGGCGACAACACAUUGUUCACGCAGCUGUAA